UAAUCGGUAGUCAUCCUUAUUUGACAGGUGUAAAUAAUAAUUAAAAAACAUGACAAUCGCGAAUGGUUUUAGAACUUUUUCGAAGCUAGCGGUGCCUGCCGUAUCAAAUCUAUUUUGUUUUGCGCGAUUGCAGAUAAGUACAGUAAAAAUGGCUGCAAACAAUCCCGAUUAUAAAGCGGCGACAAGUAUUCAUGAAUUCACAGUGAAAAACAUAAAAGGUGAAGAUGUUAAGUUGGAUGUUUACAAAGGGCAUGUUUGUCUUAUUGUAAACGUCGCAUCUCAAUGUGGUCUCACAGCGAAUAAUUACAAGCAAAUGAAUGAGUUAUAUGAACAGUACGCUGAAAGCAAAGGACUAAGGAUUUUGGCAUUCCCUUGCAAUCAAUUUGCUGGUCAAGAGCCUGGUAACCCAGAAGAAAUUGUUUGUUUUGCAUCUGAGAGGAAGGUCAAGUUUGAUUUGUUUGAAAAAAUUGAUGUCAAUGGUGACUCAGCACAUCCAUUAUGGAAAUUCUUGAAGCAUAAGCAAGGAGGAAUGUUGGGCAAUUUCAUCAAAUGGAAUUUCACAAAGUUCAUUGUGGACAAAGACGGUGUUCCUGUGGAGAGACAUGGACCUAAUGUAGAUCCAUUAAAUUUGGUCAAGUCUCUUGAAAAAUACUGGUAAAUUUUGACACAAAACGGCAACUGUUCAAGGACAUCACAUAUAUACACUAUUGGUUUUAUUUAUGCAUUUUAUCACUUGUUAAUUUUUUAAGA